AUGGGCUUCUUGUUCGCAACCCCGAGUGAUGUGACGCUCAUUGUCAUCGAAGAGCCGAGAGAUAACAACGACAACAAAACCAAGACAGCCUUGUUCCACGUUGAUCGUUCAAAAUUGAUUGAUAGCAGUGCAUACUUUCGAACAAUGUUCUCAUCCCAGUGGGAAAGAGCCCAAAAUCACAAUCCUACUCUCAGAGGUGACACAAUCAAGAGCAUGGAGGUGAUAUUGAGAUCAAUCCAUGGAAUCGACACCCAGCCAGAGUCUAUCUCUGUUACAGAUGUUUGGUACAUAAUCAAGGCCUGCAACAAAUAUCUGCUAGAUCCGAAGAAGCUGAUGGGCUGGUUCACACGCUGGAUCAAAUGGGUUGAACAGGGAACCCCUGGAAGAUGGGAAAAUUGUGAUUUCAACCGCCAGCUGCUAUUUCCUUGCCAUUUCUUUGAUAAUGCAACGGCAUUCCAGCAUAUUUCGAAGCGGCUUGUCUACAAUACCCCGGGCCAUAUCACAGAAAUGGCUCCGACAAACUCACCAUCAUUCGAGCCGAUGCAUAUGCCCGCUAUCGUCAUGUCGCAAAAUAUCUUUUCCUACCUCGAAGAACUACAUAGAAUCGAGGUCAAGCCGUUAGAUUGUGACAUACACAAGAGCUGUGUCCGUGAUAUUCUCGAUCGACUGAAGGACUUCAAUGAGAACAGAAUGGAGAACAGGCCGCCCUCAAUGCAGACAUGCACCGCAUGCUCCCGCUCCUGGAAACGUGUGGUGGAGUACGCACGCAGACAAGUUGAAAGCUACUUCGAUGAUCUAUGCUUAGAUUGCAUGCAGAACCAUCCAGAUGAGAAUUCCGAGUACUGGUCUUUCAGCACCAUAAGAUCUAGGCAUGACCAAACUUGCCGCAUCAGUCACGGCGAGCCCACCUGGUACUUCAGUUUCAUGGGCCGCCGGGAUAGAAGUCCAUACCUUAUGCUAUCUGGGUGA